GUACACUCGACUGUACCUUAUACACUCUCUCAAGCUCAAACACAUAUCGCCUGCUUAUAAAAACAACAUGAAGGUCGCCACUAUUCUCGCCCUGGUUCCGGCUGCGUUUGCCGUUAUCAACAAUGAGCACCUCAAGACCGAAGUUGUCGUGCCUGUCGAGUGCAACCGCAAGACCGUUGCGGGCGACCAGAUCAGCGUUCAUUACCGCGGCACCCUCGAGAGUGACGGCAGCGAGUUCGACGCUUCAUACAACCGCGGCCAGCCUUUGGACUUCACCGUAGGUCAGGGCCAGGUCAUCAAGGGCUGGGACCAGGGACUUCUCGACAUGUGCCCUGGCGAGAAGAGGAAGCUCACUAUCCAGCCUGACUGGGCUUACGGCUCAAGGGGAGCUGGACCAAUUCCCGCCAACAGCGUCUUGAUCUUCGAGACCGAAUUGGUCUCCAUCGCCGGUGUCAGCAAGGACGAGCUAUAAGUGUGCGCGUGAAGGAGUUGCGCCACGGGACUAUCAUCUUGCCUACCCAAAUAGACGAUUGCACGAACAAUAAAAGGUGGCCAACACCAUAUGAAUGACAUGAAUGCACGGGAACCUGGAUCAA